ACCGCCACACCAGUUGAUCGACCAACGCUUCUCAGUCCACCCCAGCUGCCUUGCCGUGUCGAGACUCAGCAUCCAGAAGGGCCACCAACAUACAUCAGCCGAGAAGCCAUACAGGAGGAUCCAAGAGUCAUCUCCGAAUGCGUGGAGCUCCCCUUCGAGCAGGGGAAUCAAGGUCAGGUUACGAGCGGAACUGGGCAACCUAUCUUGGACCGGACGUCUAUAAAAGGGGACGUCGAUUCCCUUCUUCUUCUGCCAAAAUAGACAUCUCACCACGCUCUCCAUCAUCAGUGCGAACCCGAGCCGCGAACUUAACAACUCUGAUCACCCUCAACUGUUGCUGCUUCUGCCCCUCCCCCUGUUUGACCAACUCGCCACCUACACAAUGUGCAAGCUUGUCACCUUCGUCUACUCGUGCGGCCACGAGACCCCAAUCGAAGAAAUUCCCUACGCCGCGUGCCGGGCGGGGAAUUGUCCCGGAAAGGACUCCGUCAAGGAGUACUGCGCCGGACCCUGCGAAAACUGUGAGUCCCAGCAAGCCGGAAACGUGGGCAGACUCAGGUGCUACCUGUAGAUGUCUGGUACGGCCCCUUUCGUCAGACGCAGCCUGAAACUCUGUGCUGCUCUAACACGGUUUUAUUAUUGAAGACCGCUGCCGGUCGGGACACUAAAGUCUCCUACUUUCCGUCGACUGU